AAACACAGCAGCGCCCGGUGCGUGAACCUGGGAAAAGCGCUCUCCAGGGACCGCAGCCCCGCCCUUUCAGACACGCCCCGUCCAGACUUUGAGCCACGCCCCCAACGGACACGCCCCGCCCAAAAGCGAACCACGUACCAUCCAGAGCCUGAGCCACGCCCCCAGGGAGCCUGACCGCCUAGCCUUCCCGCUGCCCGCCUCUCCUCCUUAGCAACCGACAGGACGCUUUCAUCUUAGCAACUACUCCAGCUGCCACCAUGGCUGAAGAGGAGGUCCCUGUGGUGGCUGAGAGAGUUCUAAAGAUCCUGAGGGUGUUCAUAAACCAGCUGGACACCUACAGCAGCGGAAACAUAGGAAAGUUCCUAGCCAACUGUGUGGCUGGGGCCUCCCUGGAAGAGAUUGCAGAAGAGGAGGAGGAGGAAGAUGAAACAAAGUCGGCAGCCCCGGAAGCGUCCACUGCAAAGGUGAAGGAGGGCACGUUCCAGAUCGUAGGCACCUUGGCCAAGCCAGAAAGCGUCAGGCCGGACUUCGCAGUGGAGACAUACUCAGGUAUCUCCCGAGAAGACCUCCUCACGCGGCUGCUGGAGUGUGACGUCGUCAUCUAUAACAUCACUGAAAAUGUGCAGCAAGUGGAGGAAGCCGUAUGGGCAGUCAGCGCAUUGAAUGAAGAAGUCGCUCAUUUUGAAAAGCGAAAGAUAUUCAUUUUGCUGUCGACGGUGAUGACAUGGGCGAGAUCCAAACCUCUGGACCCUGACGACACUGAGGUUCCCUUCACAGAAGAGGAUUACCGGAGAAGAAAGCAUCACCCUAACUUCCUGGACCACAUCAAUGCUGAAAAGAUGGUUCUCAAAUUUGGAAAAACUGGCAAAAAGUUUGCAACUUACGUAGUUGCUUCAGGACUUCAGUAUGGAGUGGAAGGAGGGAUCCUACACGCCUUUUUUAAGAUGGCUUGGCUGGGCGAGAUUCCUGCACUCCCUGUUUUUGGAGAUGGAUCCAACGUCAUUCCAGCCAUUCAUAUUCUUGAUCUGGCAGGAGUGAUACAGAACGUCAUAGACCACAUGCCGAAGCUUCACUACCUGGUGGCUGUGGACGAGUCUGUCCACACCCUGGAAGACAUUGUCAAGUGCAUCAGCAAAAAUACUGGCCCUGGAAAAAUCCAGAAAGUACCCAGAGAAAAUGCUUUUCUAACAAAGGACUUGACACAACAGCAUCUGGACCACUUACUGGUCAACCUGAGGAUGGAGGCGCUGUUUGUGAAGGAGAAUUUCAACAUCCGCUGGGUUGCCCAAUCAGGAUUUGUGGAGAACAUCAGCAGCAUCCUCAAAGAGUACAAGCAAAGCCAAGGAUUAUUGCCGAUCAAGAUCUGCAUCCUUGGUCCUCCUGCUGUGGGAAAAUCCAGCAUCGCCGAAGAAUUAGCCAAGUACUACAAACUACAUCACAUCAAAAUAAAGGAUGUGAUUUCCGAAGCCAUAGCCAAACUGGAGGCGAUUGUUGCACCCAAGGAGGCAGUGGAAGGAGAAGAGGAAGGUGAAGAGGAGGAGGAAGAAGAGAAUGUGGAGGAUGCCCAGGAGCUCUUGGAUGGCAUCAAGGACAGCAUGGAGCAGAACGCAGGUCGGCUAGAAGAUCAAUAUAUAAUUCGAUUUAUGAAGGAAAAGCUCAAAUCUAUGCCUUGUAAGAACCAAGGUUACAUUUUGGAUGGCUUCCCAAAGACCUAUGAUCAAGCAAAAGACCUGUUCAACCAGGAAGAUGAAGAGGAAGAAGAAGAAAUCAGAGGCAAAAUGUUUCCCUUUGAUAGAUUGACUACACCUGAGUUUGUGUGUGGUCUGGAUGCCUCUGACGACUUUCUGAAGGAGCGGGUCAUGAACCUCCCAGAGAGUGUCGUGGCAGGAACGCACUACAGCCAGGACCGAUUCCUCCGGUCUCUGAGCAACUACCGGGACAUCAACACCGAUGAUGAGACGGUCUUCAACUACUUUGAUGAAAUUGAAAUCCACCCAAUACACAUUGAUGUAGGAAAACUCGAAGAUGCCCAGAACAGACUUGCUAUCAAACAGCUCAUCAAAGAGAUUGGGGAGCCUCGGAAUUAUGGCCUAACAGAUGAAGAAAAGGCGGAAGUAGAGAAGAAGGCUGCGGAGGAACGCCUGGCCAAGGAGGCUGCUGAGACAGCAGAGCGUGAACACAAAGAAGCCGUCGAGAUGGCGGAGAGAAUAGCCCGCUGGGAGGAGUGGAGUAAACGGCUAGAGGAAGUAAAAAGAGAAGAGAGGGAGCUGCUGGAGGCUCAGUCCAUCCCCCUGAGAAACUACCUGAUGACCUACGUGAUGCCCACGCUGAUGCAGGGGCUCAAUGAGUGUUGCAAGGUGAGACCUGAAGACCCCGUGGACUUCCUGGCAGAGUAUCUCUUCAGGAACAAUCCUGAAAUGCAGUAAAGAUUCAUCAAUGGUGGAUCGUGGAGCUUCACAGAGAGCGCUCAAGUUAAACUUGCGUUUUGAAAAACGGCUUUUGAAAAUGCUUUUCUAGGGUUUUUUUUGGUGGGUGGG